AUGACGUUGAGAGGCAAAGCCAAAGAAAAAUGUUUUUCUCAGAAAGUGUCAAUGAAGUGUAGCAGUCCAUCUACUCUUAUCUUGCCCAGUGGAGAGGAUGUGAACUCUUUCCAGGAAAAUCAGACCGAUUUGGAGGUUAUCUUCGAGUUUCUGGAAGAGUACUACAGGCAGAACACUGGAGUCGGUAGUGAAAGAGGUAGAAAGGUACGAUUGUUUCACUUCCUGUUUGAGAUGCUGGAAGAUCCAGACAUGGCCCAUUGUGUUUCCUGGGUGCCAGAGGCCACAGGGGUUUUCAGCUUUUCCUCCAAGUACAAGGACCAGGUAGCAGCACUUUGGGGCCAGAGGAAAGGAAACAGAAGGCUAAUGACAUACCAGAAGAUGUCCAGGGCUUUGAGGAACUAUAGGCGUUCUGGAGAGAUAUUUAAAGUUAAGAAGAAGCUCACCUACCAGUUCAGCAGAGACACACUGAGUGCCUUGAGGAUGUGCCACGGAAAACAUUCACGCGCAUAUGUUAACAAGACUGAAACGUUAUAA